AGGUGCUGGCAUUGACCCCAGGUGUGGCACUUGGACACUGUGGGCCUCUUGUUUUGGAAUGCCCUAGCUGAUGGUGACUGCUCGGCCCCUGGCAGCGCUGAAGAGUGCCAGCAAGCUCCACAUGCUGCCAUCCAUGGCUCCAUUAGUCCUUUAGCGGUUGCAACAGCUCUUGGGAAGCUCAAGUCUGGCUGCUUUCUAUCCCAAGGGGCUGCCAAAGGCCCGGGGCUCACAGGGUGAUGCACAACCACAUGCAGGUCCCUUGGGGUCUCUAGGGCAGAGCUGUGGUCUCAACCCUGCAUGUCCAGACUGCAGCACUAAUCUUGGCAAGGAUAAAACUUGUUGGUUUUGCAGAGACAUCCUGGCCUAUGUCUGCCCUGCUCUGUGUUGCCCCUGGCCCGACCCCCGUGCUCCUUUCUGUCCCCAGACCACUGAUGGUCCCUCCAGGGGGGGUGCAGGGUGCUGGGAUGAGGUGCAGGCAGCAUACAGCAGGGUGCUGGCACUGGCUGUGUCUUGGCUCUGGCGUGCAGAGGGCACUGCUGAGCGCCCAUGGCCCGCAGGGAUGCUGCCAACAAGGAAGGAAGGAAGGGAAAAAAAACAAACCCUGGCUCAGGAAAAAACGCACAAACCACCAAAGCCAAAUCACAUGUCAUUGGACGUCUCCCAGCGCAGGAGCACAGAGGACUCAGACCUGUCCCCAGUCUGGAGGGAGCCUGGCAACUGAGCAGACCCUGAUGACGCUUCCAGUGAACGCUCAGAGCCGGAUGUGGGGCUGCUGAGCUGAGGGUGUUGCAUUUUACAGAGCGUGGUGGGCACAGGUGGGUUCCUGAUACAGCAGGGACCAGCGAGGAACUGCGUGGGUCAAGGUAGGGGGGAGCACCGGUGCCUCAGGUGCCAUGACAACAGGGAUGCAGGCAAAGGAGGGGAUGUUGUGGAGAGGGGGUUAAAUCCCCACAAUCUCAGCCAACGGGAUAUCCACCAAGCCAUACUUUUACAGUUGCUACAACACAGGGAGGGUUGCUGAGGUUUUCCCUCUGGCCAAGGCAGAAGGGGAGCAGGUGUGCUGGGGUCAUUGUGGGGCUAGCAGGGACUGGCCCGUGGCCACCCUCACUGCUGUGGAGGCACUGUCUCCCCUGUGCUGCCUCCAGCAGCUGGAGAAGCCCUGUCCCUGCCUCUGCAGGCAGCCGGUCCAUCAGUUCCCCAGUUCUGUGCCCCCGGUCUUGGGGACUUCUCCCUCCAGGCAGAAACGGUCCUGCCUUCACUGGGGUCUGCUGCUAAGCCGGUAGGGCUCUUGCUGGCUUCGGGGUGGGGGCAAUCCCUAAACCCACUGCCUACGCUUCAGCUCUGGAGUUUCAGAGGUCUUGCCUCUGAGCCCUCGCCCGCGUUUUGCAACUGCAUGUCCCUGCUUGUUGGCUGCUCCUCCUUGUUUCGAGCUCUGAAUGCUGCAAGGGACAGAAAACAGGGACAGCAUUUUGUACCUGCCUGCCGAGGUGGCUGCGCUCGUAACAUUAGCACAGUGUGAAAUGGGAAGAGCGAGAGGCAGCAGCUGCAGUGAGCCAGCCCUGCAGGUGUCCUGUCUGGCCAGGGGAUUCUCCCAUCCCUUUGCCUCUGGAGGUGGCCCCAGGCUCCCCACAGGCGGACGUGUCCCCACAACCAGUAGGUUGGCACUGGUGGCCUCAAAGUCCUUGCACAUCUCCCCCAGAAGAGGAAGGUUACUUCCGUGGCCAACAAUAGGGAAAGAUUCCUGGCAGCUGAAUCAUGGGGCAAGGCCAUGGUAAGGAGGGGCUGGCCAGGUGUCAGACAGAGGUGCCCAGUGGGACAAGCCUCUGCUGUGGUUCACAGGACUGAGGUCUCUGCUAACAGCCCCAGGGGGUCCCUUGGGGUGUCCCAUGGCACCUGGUGGGGUGCCAGCACACACAGGGCGCUCCCCAUACCAGGGAGGCUGUGGGAGGGCUGGGGGUGUCCUGGCAGCGGUGUCACCGGUUGUGCCAGUGUGAGUCAUGCCCAGAGCUGGGCUGAGUCAGCUCCACAGUGGUGUGAGCCUCGGGGGAGGAGGUUUCACAGACCCACAUCCCCGUGACGUCGGCAGCCUCUCCGUAACAGGCACCUCUGUGCCACGCUGGGCAUGCAGACUCCAUGGGCAAGGCUUGCCUGUGGCUGGUGUUCCUGGCUGAAGCUUUUCGAAAAAAUAUCCUUUCUCUAACCACAGGUCCCAGCUGCCAAUCAUGUCUGCAGGUGGCAGAACAGCUCCAGCACACCCAUCCCUCGCCACAGCCCUCGGUGAGGCAGCGUAGCAUGGGGACAGAUGGACGGGCCGUGGUGGGAUGAGCCCUGCCCUGCACCUGCUGCUGUCUCUGGCCAGCUGCUCCCUCCUCUGGGGGAUGCUACUGCGGCCACGGCGCGUGAGGCUGGAGGCACAGAACUUCCACGUGUGGCUGCGGUGGGAGCCGGACCCCAGCUCGCCCAGCCAUGCCACCUAUCAGGUGGAGUGGAGGAAGCGGACCUCGAGCUGGAUCAAGGCAGAUGCCUGCAGGGGGAACAGCACUGGCUCCUGGGAGUGUGAGUUGUAUUUUGACAGGAUCCACGAUAUCUACUGGGCACGGGUGAGAGCGGUGGCCGGAGGCGAGCAGUCUGAGUGGGCCAGUUCCAGCGAGCUGCAGCUGUACAGAGACACAAUUGUGGGGCCCCCCAAGUUGUCCUGGCUGCUCCAGGAUCAAAUCCUCCACGUAAACAUUGCCAUGCCACUCACUCCCUACCAGAGAAGAACUGGUUCCUACAAGCCAGUGGACCGAGUGCUGCUGAAACUGUGGUACUGGCUGCACCUGUACGAGGGGGACCUGCUUGUCCAGCAGGUGCCCUGCAAACGGAGCAGCGAGGAAGUGCCGUGCACCUUCGGGCCCCUGAAGCCCAGCACACGGUACUGUGUCCGGACGGCAGCCGCUGGCAUGGCCAGGGAGAGGAGCCAGGAGGCCGAGCAGUGCCUGGUGACUCCGGCAGGCCCCCCAGGCUUUCCCUGGGUCCCUGCCAUGCUAAGUGCCUCCUUUGUGCUGCUGCUGCUGAGUGCGGCCGGGUUCUGCUUCGUCCAGCUGCACAUAUUCCUUAAACCCUCGGAGAUGCACCUCCCAAAAACACUGGCACUCCUGAACAACGAGCUGAGUGUGGGCAUCCGGAUGCCUCCCCUUGAGCUUGAGGAGGAGCCACUGGCCCUGCUCCUGCAGACUGUGCUCUCCUCCUGUGGGCCACCUGCAGCUGGACAGGCAUCGCCCACAGUCCCACUGUUCCUCCGAGGCCUCGCACAGGACAUGACCGGCUACUGUGCCAACGGGUUUGGCCUGGGCUGCCUCAUGGAAAGCACCCCAUCCUGCACCCAGAGCCUGCUGGGACAUGCCUUGGGCUCCCAGGUCCCAUCACAGCUGGAAAAAGAUGAGGAGACAAGUGAUGGGAAUAACGUGCCAGAGCAGCUGGUGCCAGUGGGACUGACCAGAAACAGCUACAUAGGUGACAGGGACAGCCGUACACCCGAGACAUGGCUCACCCUGCACCUCCAGCUGUAUUCUAAAUGCCAGCGCCCAGCCCUGGGAGCAGGCAGCCGCCUUCCUCUGCCCAUGCCCAGCAGGAGCUGCAGUCAGGAGGACCUGCGGGAGGGCCUCGGCAUGGCCAGGCACUGGGUCCCACUCAGCUCCGUGAAGCUGCCGGCCAGGGAGGAGGAGGAGGGAGGGCAGCUCCUCUGCGCUCUCCGGCCCCUGCCUGGCAUCGGGACUGAGCCAGGCGACAGCACCAUGCAGCGAGGCCACUCAGAGCAGGCAGCAUCGGGCAUCCCCAGCCCCUGCCAGCCACCGCCUUUGCCCGGCAACGUCCCGUGGGCAGCUGCCUUCUCUGGCUAUGAGCCACGUGCUCCACCUGGGCCACCGUGAGUGGGGGCACCCUGGGGAUCUCCAGGAGCCCCCAGCUCCCAGCACAGCCCAAGGUGCCCCCCAGCCAUGGUGGCUGCCUGCCCCAACCUGCUGGUGCCAGGCUGGGGACAGGGCAGGGGCAGGUUCCCGCGGGCAGGCACAGGCAUGCUCCAGGCUCAGCUGCCAUGGAUGGGCAGGAUCCGCAUCUCCAGAGCUUCCCUUCCAGGGUUUUGGUGCUAUGGAGCCAAAGCAUAAGGAGAAGAGACCAAAGUUCAACUCCCAAAACUCUUAUCUAUUUAUCUACUUGUAUGUGUGUAUAUGUGGUACAGUAUCUAUACUAAUGCAAAUUUAUGUAACACUCAUAUAUAAACCCUCUUUAAUGAAAGAGGAGAUUGGGUUUUUUUACUUCCCUGGAAAUAGUGACUGUGUGCUGGAGUUGUUUUUAAAUAUCACCCAUUUAUUACAGAAA